AUGGACCUGCAGGUGGAAUCUGCCGAUGUGAUUCGGCUGAUCAUGCAGUACCUGAAGGAGAACAACCUGCCACGUACGUUAGCCACGCUGCAGGAGGAGAGUACGGUGGCGCUGCACCCGGUCGACAGCAUCGAGAGCUUUAUGGCCGACGUGACCGGUGGCCGGUGGGACGCUGUCCUGAGAGCUAUCCAGCAUCUGAAACUGCCCGACGGGCUGCUCAUCGACCUCUAUGAGCAGGUGGUGCUGGAACUGAUCGAGAUGAAGGAACUGGGUGCAGCCAAGUGUUUGCUGGUGCAGACCGACCCCAUGAUCAUGAUGAAACACACCCAGCCUGGGCGCUACUCCAGACUGGAAACGCUCCUCACCAACUCCCACUUCGAUCCCAAAAAGGUUUACCCAGAGGGCAGCAGUAAGGAGAAGCGUAGGUUGACGCUGGCCGAGGCUCUGGUCGGAGAGGUCAGUGUGGUUCCUCCGUCGCGCCUCAUGACUCUUCUCGGACAGUCUCUAAAGUGGCAGCAGCACCAGGGUCUCCUGCCCCCCGGCAUGUCCUUAGACCUGUUCCGGGGUAAAGCCGUGAUGAAGGACCUGGACGAGGAGCGCUUCCCCACCCAGCUCAGCCAUCUCAUUAAGUUUGGUCCGAAAUCCCAUGUCGAGUGCGCCCGGUUCUCACCGGACGGUCAGUACUUGAUGACUGGGUCAGUUGAUGGAUUCAUCGAGGUGUGGGACUUCACCACGGGCAAAAUCUGCAAGGACCUGAAGUACCAGGCUCAGGAUAACUUCAUGAUGAUGGACGAGGCCGUGCUGUGCCUGGCGGCGAGUUACGACACGGAGAUGAUGGCAUCCGGAGCGCAGAACGGUAAAAUCCAGCUGUGGAGGAUUCGUAACGGCCAGUGUCUUCGCAAGUUCGAGCGCGCCCACACCAAAGCCGUCACCUGCUUAUGCUUCAGUAAAGAUAACGGUCAACUGCUGAGCGGCUCCUUCGACCACAUCAUCAGACUACACGGACUGAAAUCCGGGAAGAUGCUGAAAGAGUUUCAAGGCCACACCAACUGUAUAAACGACGUCAUCUUCUCACACACCGGCCACCACGUCAUCAGCGCCUCAGCGGAUGGAACAGUCAAGAUCUGGAACGUGAAGACGGCCGAAUGCACCAUCACCAUCAAAACACCAGACGUCCCUGAAGGAUCUGACAUCACCGUUAACAACGUGGUUCUGGUGCCCAAAAACCCUGAGCACUUCAUAGUGUGUAACAGGACCAGCACGGUGGUCGUCAUGAACGUCCAUGGACAGGUACUGAGGAGUUUCGGUUCGGGCGUGAGACAGGGGGGAGAUUUCGUGUGUUGCACGCUGUCUCCUCGAGGCGAGUGGAUCUACUGCGUGGGCGAGGACUACGUUCUCUACUCGUUCAGCACCAUCACGGGAAGACUGGAGAGAACCCUCAUGGUUCACGAGAAGGAUGUGAUUGGAAUAACCCAUCAUCCUCAUCACAACCUCAUCGCUACCUACAGUGAGGACGGCCUGCUGAAACUCUGGAAACCCUGAACUCUUCCACCGAGCGCCAUUCAUCACAUGAACUCCGCAUCAGUGUUGUGCUUCCACAUCCUGAUCCUGUGGUCCUGGACCUCCUUCAAGUAUUUCUCGUGGGAGAAUGUUACACACAGCUCAUGCUAC